CGAUUUCUCCCUUUCCUCUCCCGCCACAAAAAUCCGUCGCCUGGAUGCGGAGUUGCAACGGAUAGUUGAAGAGGCUGAAGAAGAGUCAGCGCCUAUAGCUUUUGAGCAAGCAGCUACUGAUCAAAGCUUUGGAAUCAAUGGUAGGAAUCUAGGGAGAAAUGGUCCAGUGAUUACCCCUAGUGUGCCUGAGAAUGAAGAGAGGGCUAUUGUGCACUUCAAAUCCAUGAACACACCCUUUGCGCAAUCUCCUUCGAAUUUUUCUAUUAUAGUGAGUCCUCAGUUCACCAAUGGGCUCAAAAAUCCAGUCUUAUGGGGAAGCCAAUCUUGUAUUUUGAGACGUGCCGGUGAUGAAAAUGCAGAUGAGAACUCAUCUGGUUCUUCUAAAGGGUGUCUAGCAGUUGUUCCCUGGGUUCCAUCUCAGCUUUCUUCAUCACAAGGAGACGAGGUUCUAGGCCAAGCUGAUGUGUUGGAUAUGAUGGAAGCUGAAGAUAUGGAGGGGGUGACAAUGGAUGUCGGAGACAACAGUGUCAGUGCUGGACAAAGGACUGCUAUCGAUGCUGGCGUGAACGAAAGGCUGCAUCAGUGGCAACAGCAACACUGCAUGAUUCCACCGCCACCCCACAGCACAUCUACUCCUAUUGUUUGGUAUCGAUGAUGGUAUCAUUAUGGGCUGCUUUUUUUUGUAACAAUUAGAUAUUGUCAAGCUCUUCUUAGAUCCCUCGUCUAAAUUAAAUGGGUUUGCUAGGUGUAGAUACAGAAGUAAAUAUAUAGUAGAUCAAUAGUUUCUGUUGAUAUGAUACUUGGAAGUUGUGUUGGAGGAGGGUGGGCCAAUUUCUCGUUCCUGCUCAGUCUGCCUCUUUUUUCGAGUGUCUCGGUUCGCUGGGUUUUUCUGGUAGUACUACUGUCGAACAGUAAGUCACAAAAGUGGUUUUGAUAUUUGCCUGGGAGUAGGGAUCAAUUGUGAUACAGGGCUGGCACUUUUUGGGAUGGAAAUAACUGUGAUUCUUUAUUGCAGGGUUA